AUGAAUAACCAUCACUUACUCCUACAACACGAUAGCACUUACUACUCAGUAUCCUACACAACUGAUACUCCAACCGAGAUCACCGUGUUACCAGCAGAUAAUCUAAACAUUCAAAUGCAUUUGGCUAUCAACAACCAUCCCUUAAACGAAGAUAAAUACAACCUGUUGACCGCAACCAUCAUGCAAAAGAUAUCAGCAAUGCCCCUAUGGUGCCGUCUAGGGUAUGGUUUGACUGUGGUAGUGACAGAUGAUGGUGCUAGUACCCUUCAAUUGACAUGUCAUAUUAAACAGUCAAUUGAUAUCCAGGGAGCCCCUAACACCAAAGUUAUACGACUUGAUCAAAUCCAAGUUAAAUUUGGUAUAUAUAGCGAUGAUAUCUUCCAUGUGAACGAUAUCUAUCAAGGAAUCCACACACUACUCGUGUCGUUGUUACUUCAUUGGGAGUAUCGAUUCCCCUUGGUGUUCUCCGUGUAUGGGAGAGACUUCUUUAAACUCAACUACGGAACAACUAUUAGAACCAUUGAUGAGAUCAUUAGAUUUGAAAGUAGCUACUUCAAACGUCACAAUAAUGAUAGAGGUACCAUGUUGGCUACAGCAGUUACAAGAAUGGCUAAUUACAUUAAGGUACAUCUAACUACAAUUGAGAUGUGGAAAACUUUCAACACUAAUGCCAAAAUCAGAGGAUUAAAGGAGAACAAGGGUGCAUCUGCUUCAAUUCUACAUUCCAUGACUUCAUUUUUCCAGAACUUCAACACUCACUCCCUAAAGUCCACCAGAGGGUUUAAGUUGAAACAAGGCUCACCUAUUUCGUCACCUCAGCCAGUUUCAUCGUCUGUUUUCCCUGUAACUCCCUUCAACAAUCAAGAUCAAAGUCAAUAUCAAACAAUUAAUCUUCAUAAUGGCCAACAAUCAGUUUCAACACAUAAAGAUAUUAGAAAUUAUGCUGAACAAACUUUGGAAUCGGAUAAUGCCUUAAAACUGGCAGUCAAGCUACCUUUGGAUGAAGAUGUAAAUGAAUGGCUUGCAGUUCAUGUUGUUGACUUCUAUAACCAAAUCAAUAUGUUGUAUGGAGCUAUAACCGAAUUUUGUUCUCCUAAAACUUGUCCUAGAAUGAUUGCAACUGAAGAAUACGAAUAUUUAUGGCAAGAGAACAAUCCUACAAACAUUCAAUCACCGAAGAAACCCUUGUCUUUACCGGCUUGUGAAUAUAUUGAAAACUUGAUGAACUGGAUUCAAAACUUUUUUGAUAAUGAUAAUAUUUUCCCUUCCAAGAUCGGUGCACCAUUUCCAAAUCAAUUUCAAACAUUGGUUAAAACUAUUUUCAAACGGUUAUUCCGGAUUUAUGCUCAUAUUUAUUGUCAUCAUUUCCAUGAAAUUAGUGAAUUAGGCUUACAGAGUCAUUUGAAUACUUCGUUGAAACAUUAUGUUCUUUUUGCAAAUGAGUUUCGAUUGAUUAGUCAAAAGGAUUAUGGCCCAUUAGAAGAUUUAGUCGACACUAUGUUAAAUAAAUGA